UCUAAAUGUAUAAACCAAUCACAUUGAAGAAUUUUACAACAGUUGCAAACUUUCUCUGCUGAACCCACGAAUGUAAGAUUCGAAACAAGAUCUUUUUCUUCUGAUUUCCCGUUUCUUGGUUUUUUGACUCAAAAAACAAGACCUUUAGCUUCACGUGUUGAAGUAACGCAAAACUGACGCAAGAUUACGUAAGAUGACAUAAGGUCAUGUUCUUUAGGUUAGAAUUAAGUUCCGUAUUCUUGUAUGCAUUGGUGUACGUUGUGUUCUAACCUAAACAGCCCCCGAUUCAUCGUCUUUUCUUCGGCCACAAUAAUUCUUACAAGAACAGUAAAGCCAAACAAUACGAGAGAAAAGGAUUUAUGAGAAUUUGCGACAGCUUCAGAAAAUGCGACUCGUGACAGCGAUGAGUUCUAAGUUACCGGUGAUCCUACGGCAACGCAGUGCAACCACGCGCUUGUUCCGCGGAAACUGGUCGCCUUUGGAUUAUCAAACACCGUUGUCGAUUUACGCCAGACUGGCACGAACACAAUGCCCAAGUUAUAGGUCAGGAUUAUUUAGGAUCACUCGAAUUCAUCCCGCAUUGACGUCGGUGAGAUUUUUCACGGCGAAAAAAUACUCGGAUCGAGACCCUCCAAGUGAUGGGAAUGGAGAACAAUCUGGAGAUUAUCCUGCCUCACUGCCUGCAACUGUGGUAGUGCCUGAAGUAUGGCCUCAUGUACCUGCCAUUGCUAUCAAUAGAAAUCCAGUAUUUCCCAGAUUUAUUAAAUUAAUUGAGAUUAGUAAUCCAGUUCUAAUUGAUUUAAUACGUAGAAAGAUAAAGCUAAAUCAGCCUUACGUGGGAGUUUUCUUGAAGAAAUCUGAAGAAAAUGAAGCUGAUGUCGUUCAAAGUUUAGAUGAUAUUUAUCCAAUUGGAACGUUUGCACAAGUACAUGAAGUACAAGAUUUAGGAAAUCGAUUGAGAUUAGUGGUUAUGGCACACAGAAGAAUUAAGAUUGUUAAUCAAAUUUUUGAGGAUGCUAAUCCAAAAGUAGAACACGACGACACAAUGACCAAUAACAAAGUUAAUCGAAGAUCAUUGCGUAAAAAAGGAGAGAAUAGAAUUGUAGAACGACCUGAGAGAAUAGAAAAGAUCCACGAAACAAGCUCUAAUCUGGAAAUAAAACCACAAGAACAUACGCCUGAGAAGAAUACGGAAAAACCAUUAGUUUCAUCAAUUCCUCAGCCUGGUAGUCAGCCUAUAUUAAUGGUGGAAGUUGAAAAUGUCACACAUGAAAAGUUUAAACAAACUGAGGAGAUUAAGGCACUGACGCAAGAACUCAUUAAAACAAUCCGAGAUAUAAUCAGCAUGAAUCCUUUGUAUCGCGAAUCUUUACAACAAAUGUUACAUCAGGGACAAAGAGUUGUGGAUAAUCCUGUUUACCUUAGUGAUUUAGGUGCUGCCUUAACUGGAGCAGAUGCACAGGAAUUGCAACAAGUUUUAGAAGAAAUGGAUAUUCUAAAAAGAUUGAGAUUGUCACUCGCACUUUUGAAAAAGGAAUAUGAAUUAAGCAAGCUGCAACAGAAAAUUGGUAAAGAGGUUGAGGAGAAAGUGAAACAACAACAUAGAAAAUAUAUUCUUCAUGAACAACUCAAAGUUAUUAAGAAAGAAUUAGGAUUGGAAAAGGAUGAUAAAGAUGCGAUAGAAGAAAAAUAUAGAGAAAAAAUAAGACAAAAGACAGUUCCUAAACCAGUUAUGGACGUAUUGGAGGAGGAAUUGAAUAAACUUUCCUUUUUAGAAAGUCAUAGUAGCGAAUUCAAUGUUACAAGAAAUUAUCUCGAUUGGCUUACGUCUAUGCCAUGGGGUGUGACAAGUACAGAAAACUUAAAUCUUCAAGAUGCCGUCAAAAUUUUAGACGAGGAUCACUAUGGAAUGGAUGAUAUAAAGAAAAGAAUACUUGAAUUUAUUGCCGUUAGUCAAUUAAAGGGCAGUACUCAAGGAAAAAUAUUAUGUUUUUAUGGGCCUCCCGGGGUUGGCAAGACCUCGAUAGCUAAAUCAAUUGCUCGUGCUUUGAAUAGAGAAUAUUUUAGGUUUAGUGUCGGUGGAAUGACGGAUGUGGCAGAGAUCAAAGGACACAGGAGAACAUAUGUGGGAGCCAUGCCAGGCAAAGUCAUUCAAUGCUUGAAAAAGACCAAAACUGAGAAUCCAUUGAUUUUGAUAGAUGAAGUCGACAAGAUUGGCAAAGGACACCAAGGAGAUCCGGCAUCUGCUCUGCUCGAAAUGCUCGAUCCAGAACAAAAUGCGAACUUUCUGGAUCAUUAUUUAGAUGUUCCAGUAGAUUUAUCGAAAGUACUAUUCAUUUGCACGGCAAAUGUAAUAGACACUAUUCCGGAACCCCUAAGAGAUCGUAUGGAGAUGAUAGAUAUGUCCGGUUACGUUGCCGAAGAAAAGCUCGCUAUCGCGAAACAGUACUUAGUUCCACAAGCUAGAAAUGAAUCUGGUCUCAGCAAAGAACAAAUCAACAUACAAGACAAUGCGCUCACAGCGUUAAUUAAAUCUUAUUGCCGAGAAUCAGGAGUGAGAAGUCUACAGAAACAUAUAGAGAAGGUGCAUAGGAAAGUAGCAUUUAAAGUUGUUAAGAAGGAGGCCGACAAAGUUGAUAUCACUAAGGACAACUUGCAAGACUUUGUGGGCAAGCCUGUGUUCACGCACGACAGGAUGUAUGAAACAACGCCUCCCGGAGUUGUGAUGGGAUUAGCGUGGACUGCCAUGGGCGGGUCCACAUUAUUCAUCGAAAGUACCAUCAGAAAACCGACGGAUGGUAAAAAGACUGAGGGUACAUUCGAAGUCACUGGUCAUUUGGGUGAUGUAAUGAAGGAAUCUAUACAUAUCGCAAUGACUGUAGCAAGGAAUUAUUUGAAACAGGAAGAUCCUUCGAAUACAUUUCUGUACGACUCUCAUUUGCAUAUACAUGUGCCUGAAGGUGCAACACCAAAAGAUGGCCCUAGUGCAGGUGUGACAAUUGCUACUGCAUUGUUAUCCUUAGCUAAAAACCAAGCUAUCAGGCAAGAUGUAGCAAUGACAGGCGAAUUGAGUCUUAUGGGCAAGGUUCUUCCUGUUGGCGGUAUCAAAGAGAAAGUUAUUGCAGCGAAGCGAGUCGAUGUUAAGUGCAUAAUUUUACCUGAGGAGAACAAGAAAGAUUUCAACGAUCUACCUAAAUACAUCACAGAUGGCCUGGAAGUGCAUUUUGUCUCGACGUUCAACGAUGUUUAUCAUAUAUGUUUCUCAGGAACGAACGAGACUGAUUCCCUUCGAUCCGCUAAGCCAGUCACUGAUCAUGCUUCACCAUCUGCUGCACAACCAACAUUUGGAUAAAAUAGUAAUACAGGGUGGAUCAUGAAAU